GGUUUCCCGGGCCGGGGCCGGGCCAUGGGGAAGGAGCAGGAGCUGCUGGAGGCCGCCCGCACCGGGAACCUGCCCGCCGUGGAGAAGCUGCUCUCGGGCAAGCGCCUCAGCUCGGGCUUCGGCUCCGGCGGCGGCGGCGGCGGUGGCUCCGGGUCCUCGGGGGGCGGCGGCGGCGGCAGCGGCAGCAGCGGCCACCCGCUCUCUAGCCUGCUCAGUAUAUGGAGAGGACCAAAUGUGAACUGUGUUGACAGUACUGGAUACACUCCAUUGCACCAUGCUGCUUUGAAUGGUCACAAGGAUGUUGUGGAAGUUCUGCUGAGGAAUGAUGCAUUAACCAAUGUGGCUGACUGCAAAGGCUGUUAUCCUCUUCAUUUGGCAGCUUGGAAGGGAGAUGCUGAGAUAGUGAAACUGCUAAUACACCAGGGACCAUCCCACACUAAAGUGAAUGAGCAGAAUGCUCUUGAAAUCAAAGAACUCAAAAAGUACGGCCCCUUUGACCCCUAUAUCAAUGCCAAGAAUAACGACAAUGAGACGGCACUGCACUGUGCAGCUCAGUAUGGCCAUACAGAAGUGGUGAAGGUUCUGCUGGAGGAGUUGACUGACCCUACUAUGCGCAAUAACAAGUUUGAGACUCCUCUUGAUUUGGCUGCACUCUACGGGAGAUUGGAGGUUGUGAAGAUGUUGCUCAAUGCUCAUCCCAAUCUAUUAAGCUGCAAUACUAAGAAACACACACCCUUACAUCUAGCGGCUAGGAAUGGCCAUAAAGCUGUAGUUCAUGUUCUCCUGGAUGCUGGCAUGGAUAACAAUUACCAGACAGAAAAAGGCAGCGCUUUGCACGAGGCUGCUUUGUUUGGCAAAACGGAUGUGGUACAGAUACUGCUAGCUGCAGGCAUUGAUGUGUAUAUAAAGGACAACAGAGGACUGACUGCUUUGGAGAUUGUGAGGGAACUUCCAUCUCAGAAAAGCCAACAAAUAGCCGCUUUCAUUGAAGAUUGUACAACAGAGAAGAAGACAGCAAAAGCAGAAGAGAAGACACCACCAGCUCCAGCUACUUCUACUGAAGCCUCACUUCGGGUAAACCAAGGGAAUGUGGAUAGAGCUAUGACAGAAUUGAUCAUAGAUUUUGAUGGGAAGCCUGAGGAGUGUCCAUAUGAAGUCUUGUACAAUGCAACAUCCUGCCACUCUUUGGACAGCCUGGCCAGUGGAAGAUCUUCAGACAGAGACUCAGUGAAUAGGGAAGCGGAGAUGACCAGUGUUAAAGUGACAGGAGUGAGGCCUAGAGAGCGUCCACCUCCUCCUGCCAAACCUCCCCCUGAUGAAGAGGAGGAACACGUAGAGAAGACGCAGAAUACAUCUUCUAAGGGCUUGGUCACUAAGAGGAAGAGUAGGGGAAGCACAGCGGAUGAAGAAGAGGAGCAUCCUUAUGAGCUCCUUCUAACAGCAGAAACUAAGAAACAUAUUGCAGUGGACAAAAAAACAAAAGGUGAAUCAUCUUCAGGUGCUGCCAGCAGUGUCCAGCCACCGGCUUGGUCACGAAAAGGUCCAUCUUCCCAGGAUGGCCAAUGGCCUCUGAAUUGCCAAGCCUCUUCUGACUUUUCUACCAGCCAUUCAGAGCAAUAUCCAAGUCCUGAAUCCCACUUGAUAGAGAUGUCAAAAGACCAAAGGGGGAGCAGCAGUAGCCACAGCCAAGGAGAUGCCCAGGAUGUUCAAGGGCUGGAUCAGUUCUCAGGUCUGCUGCAUGGUUCUUCUCCGGUGUGUGAAAUAAAUGAGGACCCUUUCAGACUUAUUUCGGCUGUGGGCAAAGGAAGUACAGAAGGGACUGCUAUGCAGCUGGAAGAUGCUGAGGCAUCUGGAUCGGUACAGACUAGCACCGCAGACCAAAAUAAAGUGGUCUAUUCAACCAUCCAUCAUACCAGUGACAACAAGUUGGACCCUGAAACUUUAGCACAUCCUCACUUGACACAGCACCCUGGUGGUGCUGAAGAAGGAGACAAGAGCAGUGUUGUGGGAAGAAUUUACCCAGGAGGCAAGCCCAAAGCAGAACUGAAACUUAGCCGUAGCUUGUCAAAAUCAGACUCUGACCUUUUGACCACCUCACCAACAGAGGACGAUACUAUGGGGAGCAGAAGUGAAUCACUUUCCAAUUGUAGUACUGGAAAAAAAAGGCUGGAAAAAUCACCUUCCUUUGCUUCAGAGUGGGAUGAGAUCGAGAAAAUUAUGAGCUCCAUUGGUGAAGGCAUUGACUUUUCUCAGGAGCAACAGAGGAUGUCAGGUUCGCGGAUGCUGGAGCAGAGUGUUGGGGAGUGGCUGGAGUCCAUCGGCUUACAGCAAUAUGAGAGUAAACUGCUUCUCAAUGGUUUCGAUGAUGUCCGCUUCCUGGGCUGCAAUGUCAUGGAAGAUCAGGAUCUUCGGGAGAUUGGUAUUAGUGACCCUCAGCAUCGCAGGAAACUUCUCCAGGCGGCACGUUCCCUUCCUAAGGUCAAAUCCUUGGGCUGUGAUGGGACUCAGCCCUCCGUUCCUGCCUGGCUUGACUCCCUGGGACUGCAGGAUUACAUUCAAUCAUUUCUAUCAAGUGGCUACAGUUCUAUAGACUCUGUGAAAAACCUCUGGGAAUUAGAACUAGUAAAUGUGCUCAAGGUAAACCUUCUUGGCCAUCGUAAGCGAAUCAUAGCCUCCCUGGCAGACAGACCAUAUGAGGAGCCUCCACAAAAACCGCCACGUUUCUCUCAGCUAAGAUGCCAGGAUUUGAUAUCCCAGACAUCUUCACCUCUGAGCCAGAGUGACUCUUGCACAGGAAGGUCUGCAGAUCUCCUGCUACCUUUGGGGGAUGUUGGAAGGAAGAGACAUGAGAGCAGCCAUGAUAUUGCAUCUUACCCCAGAACAGAGAGACUCAAAGCGCAGGAGGAACGUCGUGAAUCCAAACUUACACUCAGACCCCCAAGUCUGGCAGCUCCUUAUGCCCCUGUCCAACACUGGCAGCACCAACCAGAGAAACUUAUAUUUGAAUCCUGUGGGUAUGAAGCCAAUUAUUUAGGAUCCAUGUUAAUCAAAGAUCUUCGAGGGACAGAAUCUACUCAGGAUGCCUGUGCAAAGAUGAGGAAAUCCACGGAACAUAUGAAAAAGGUCCCUACUAUAAUAUUAUCUAUUACUUACAAAGGAGUGAAGUUCAUAGAUGCAUCUAACAAGAAUGUUAUUGCUGAGCAUGAAAUCCGGAACAUCUCUUGUGCUGCCCAGGACCCAGAGGAUCUCUGUACAUUUGCCUAUAUCACCAAGGACUUGCAGACUAGCCAUCACUACUGCCAUGUCUUCAGUACCAUUGAUGUAAAUUUAACAUAUGAAAUCAUUCUGACAUUGGGGCAAGCAUUUGAAGUAGCCUACCAGUUGGCUCUCCAAGCCCAAAAAUCAAAACCUACAGGUGCUUUGACAGCUGAAACGAUAGAAACAAAAUCUUCAAAACCGGUGCCUAAACCUCGAGCCAGCAUGAGGAAAUCAGCACUGGAGCCAUCUGAAGUGGACCAAGACUCCCAGUCCCAUGCUAGUGUGUCCUGGGUUGUAGAGCCCAAGCAGGAUUCCAAGAGGACCCUCAGCACUAAGUAUGAGACCACUAUCUUCUGAAAACAAAUCCUGCAUCCAUCCAGUCUAACCGUGCCUUUGCAGUCCGAUCUGUCUGCUGUUCUAAACCCUUCCUUCCUCCCAUUGCUGGCACUAGGUGUGGCACCAUCAGAGACAGCAGCAUUAAGAUACUAUAGACUAAACAGCUUUUUGUAUCUGAUUUCUACUGAACACUGUGAAUUCUCCUAAUGGAAACAAGGGUAACUCAUUAAGAGAGCCACCUGGUUAAGAUGUCUGAGAGGUGGGAGAAGCGAAGCCUAUGGGAGUCGAAUAUGUGGAUUUUGGAAACCAUCUGGUGUUUGACUUUCUCUUCAUUUUGACACUGUGAAUUUGUGGGGUGAAGUAACACUCCAUAGGCCUUUUCUAAUUAGCAUUCUUAUUCUUGGACUGUUCUUCAACUUUGGUCUCAUGUAUAUGCUGUUGCAAUCUAGAUUUAUACCUCCAUACUGAGCCAUGGCCACAAACUGUUCCAACAAGUAGCACUCUUUUACCUGUCAUCUCAGAAGACACUAACCACUGUGAUACUGCUUGCAAACCUCUUGCUCACCAGAUUUCCUAGCAUGGAUUCUGCUCACAGUCUUUGCUGCACAUGGAUACCUGAAUGCAUGCUGAACUGCAGACAUCCGCAUUCCAGCAUGGAAAUGCAGUAAAGGGGCAGAACACUAAGAAGCAGUGAAACCCUGGCGGUAUGAAGAUCAGCACCCUGCUCUGGGAUGUGUCCUUGGCUGCUCAUUAAGGACUUCCAGAGCCGAGUAAAAAGGGAUUCCAGCCACAAGCUAACAAAAAGCAGUAUGCGUUUCUAGCAAGAUAAUUGAAACAUCUGAGGUUAAGAGACUGAUGCCAUGUGCUCUGGUGUGAAACAGGAUUUUAACAUGCAGUGAUAUUGUGAAUUUCACAAUUUCAGCAUACCAUUGAUGGAAGUGGAGCAUUUCAACUGCUAAAAGAAAACACAAACAUGCCUGUCUUAGAAUACAGGUUGAGAGGAUGUCAGACUAUUAAACAGUAUACACUUUCACUUUGGCUUGGAUAAGUAGUAGACAAAUCCCCAAGUGGCUGCAAUAUUAAACUUACUUUGAAGGUACUGGCACCUAAGUUGAUUAUCAUACAUACUUGAUCGCCUCAGUAAGCAUUUAAGUGGGAGAUAGGGCACCUUAAUUAAAAUUAUCAAUAUUUAACCCUGUGGGACAAUUGCUGAACAGAAGCUUGGUACAAGCCUGUUUUCACUGCAGAGAACAGAAUUGCAAUAUUCCUGUUCUGUGAAAGUUCAAUCCCUACACACAUACACACACUGUAUAUACAAGUAAUUGGACUUUGGCUCCUUGCAUCUCAUUCAUGUACCAUAUUUUUAAAAAUGUGGUUGUGCCCUGAUGGUUUGAGAUUUUUUAAAGAAGUUUAUUCACUGAUUAGCACUUUUUAUACUAGUUCAUAAUUUAAGUAUGCUUAGUACAAUAAUUUCAGAAAAUGAAAGAAUGUGGAGAGAAUAUUGGGGCAUUAUGCUAAAACACUUGAUUUCUUGUUCUGCUCCACUCAAGAAUGACUGCGUCAGAUGGAAGCUGUGCUUAUAAUAAUGCUUCAUGUAAAGUAUCACAGUCUCGAACACUGGUUUGGCUGUGAUUGUGAUGGAUGCAUCUUUCUACACCCUAAGGGAAAGAUGAGGAAGUGCAAAUAAGUCUGUGGCAGAUGUGAUAGCUUGUGGUACCCUGCUACUGUGUUAAUGGCUUGUUUCAACUUUCGUUACUGCUGUAUCUUUAAGAUGUAAUUUAGUCUUAUUCCUGUUGAAUAAGGGGGGAAACCAAAUCACCAUCCUAAAGGCCUGGAUUUAGAAAUAGUGGGUGAAUUUUGAAAAAGUAACAUUCCUUUAUAUGCAUACAUGAUUGUUAUGCUGGUAUUGGUAUAAAUAUUGCUAUACUGAGAAGUCUGUUCUGAGAGAAUGCAAAUUGAACUGUUUUUGCUAUGGAGGGGAAAGCCUUAGAACAUGAUGACAGGGAUAGAUGAUGUAAACUUCCAACUCGUUUCUUCCAGUGAUCAGGUGCUUCCUUUCUGAGUUUACAUGGACAUACCAAGAUCUGUGACUGCAUCUUCUGGUUAGGCAUUCUUUUUAAGGUGGCAAUCAAAGAUAUUCUGGACUUGACUCUCCUAGAGAUUGUAGUUAUUCCCAGGCUCCCAGCAGUUUGAUGUUUAUACAGUAUUUAAAGCGCUUGCCUCUUUACAGAGUUUUGCAGCACAUUGAGAAAAAUACCAUAUGUUCCUGGCACUUGAAUGUGUGUUUAGAUCUUCACUGAAAAUGCUACUCCUAUUUUAGUACCAGCCUCUGCUGAAGUGGCAUCAUCUAUCUGUGCUGCUUUUGCCAGCACUCCAUAUGUUCUCCUUUUCAAAACAAUGUUAUGUCUUCUGUAGACUUAUUUUUACCUUGCAUAUAUCCAGGGAGAGAGAACACUCUACAGAUGCUAAGGUGGAUGAAGGAAUUAUUGCUUAUCUCUUGAGUGGGAAUCACUUUAUUAAAAUCAAACUCUCUUCAUCUUUUUAUUCUCUACAUGUUACAUGCUAUUGUCAACUCACAGAAACUGGCCUUUAGACUUUCUUAGCUUAAAGGGAAAGCCUUAUUUCAAUUUGAUAUAUGUGACAAUUCUGCCCUGCCCCCUCCAGAAAAGAAAUUAUAGAGCAGCUUCAGGUGGUGAGCUGUGUUGCUCUUGCAGACCAGACAUCUGAUGGUACCUCACAUUUUUGAAUAACUUCUUCACCUGUGAAACUAAAAUGUUUUGGGUAAUACUUCAUUCCUACAUUGUCUCCUUUUGCAUGAUCAGUAUGAACGUUAUCAACAGGAUUUUCCCCUAUGCUUGCACCUGAACAGGGCAGGUAGAUUCUUGGUAACAGGCAGUUUGGUUUACAAUAUAAACACUUUUUGCUAAUUGUGAUGUAUGGCAGUGGGACUGAUUUGUAAUAAAAAUGUUAUUUAAUCUGUCUUUGUAUUUUGAUACUUGAACUAUUUCCUUUUUAUUUCCUGUGUAUAAAAAUUGUUAAUCUGUCCAUUUUUUGUGGUACCAAGCAUAACCAAUCUGUGCAACAACAUAGACUGACCUCACUACAACAAGGCGAAACUGUAAAUAUUCCUGGGCUUCCAGCAGUCGUUUUGUUGUUUGUUUUUCAUAAUUGUAUGACUUAGAACAGACUAAAUUAAUAAAAUUAGACAUCUCUGUA